UCACCUCUCUGUGGUCCUUCGAUCUCAUUUCUCCUCUUCUUCUUCUUCGUUUCUUUAUUUUCUAUUACGUUUUUUCGAUCGUUUUGGUUUCUACUCCAAUUAUGGUACGCGCUUUAAGGUUUUUGUUUUUGUUUUUCCCUUUCGUGCGAACGCAUGGCAAUGCAGUCCUUUUAUUUGAUUCAUGGUUUCUUUCUUUUUGGGUGAGCAUCUCCUGUCCGGCUUUCAUUGCCGCUUGCUUUCUCUAUCCGCACAUUACAACAUAUGAGAUAUAAAACUUUGAUCGUUGAUAUUGAGGCAAAGGAUUAAAUUCCUAUUUGUAUGACCACUUAGGAUUGGAGGGAUUUCUCCAAAUGCUAAAUCUUGGCAGGUCCAGAACUCAGCCAAGGUCCAACAGAUCGAUGUCAUUUGGAGGCAUGGACUAUCCAGACCCAAAGAAGAAGAGCAACUUUGUAGGAAGAAUCAUUUGGGUUGCUGCCUUUAUAGUAAUAUUCAUUAUGGUGCUCAAGCUGUCUACAAAUUUUAAUAGUGCAUGCCCGAUGUCAAAUGAUGCAUAUGAAGAUCAAAUCAAAGCUCUAUUCACUAUGAUUGAGUUCUCCCAUCAUGAGCCUGGAGUAAUGCAUGUUCUAGUAACAGGAGGUGCUGGCUAUAUUGGUUCACAUGCUACCUUAAGGCUUCUAAAGGACUCAUACCGUGUAACUAUAGUGGACAACCUCUCACGGGGAAACCUGGGUGCUGUUAAGGUUCUCCAAGCAUUAUUUCCAGAAGCUGGAAGGCUUCAGUUCAUUUAUGCUGACUUGGGGGAUGCAAAAUCUGUUAAUAAAAUAUUUUCUGAGAAUUCAUUUGAUGCUGUUAUGCAUUUUGCAGCAGUUGCAUAUGUUGGGGAAAGUACCCUUGAUCCACUUAAGUAUUAUCGUAACAUUACAUCAAACACCUUGGCGGUCUUAGAGGCCAUGGCUACAUAUGGUGUGAAGACAUUGAUAUAUUCUAGUACCUGUGCAACAUACGGGGAACCUGAAAAGAUGCCCAUUACUGAAGAAACUCUGCAGGUCCCCAUUAAUCCAUAUGGAAAAGCUAAAAAGAUGGCAGAAGAUAUUAUCCUUGAUUUUUCUAAAAAGUCAGACAUGGCAGUCAUGAUCUUAAGAUACUUCAAUGUGAUUGGGUCAGAUCCAGAGGGCAGACUAGGUGAAGCUCCAAGACCUGAACUACGUGAACACGGCCGAAUAUCUGGUGCUUGUUUUGAUGCAGCUCGCACUAUUAUUCCUGGGCUGAAGGUUAGAGGAUCAGACUACGAUACACCUGAUGGCACUUGCAUAAGGGAUUACAUUGAUGUCACUGAUCUGGUUGAUGCUCACGUGAAAGCUCUUGAAAAGGCAGAACCUAGAAAGGUUGGAAUUUACAACAUUGGCACUGGAAAAGGUAGAUCUGUAAAGGAGUUUGUGGAGGCAUGUAAGAAGGCUACAGGAGUAGACAUCAAGGUUGAUUACCUACCCCGCCGGCCAGGCGACUAUGCCAGAGUGUACAGCGACCCAUCUAAAAUCAGGCAAGAACUGAACUGGACGGCACAAUACACCGAUCUUGAAGAGAGUUUGCAGAUUGCCUGGAGAUGGCAAAAGUCGCAUCUUUAUGGCUAUGGCACCCCUUUGGCAGUUUCUUACUGAAAGGAUCACACCAUUCCAUAGCUGUAGAUUAAUGAGAAGAGCCCCAUGCACAUGCAGAGUGCUGAUUUCGGGAGACCGUUCUAUUGCUCUCUGAGAAUGGAGGGGUUUGAAAUAAGAUAAUAUCUCUUUAGGAGGUAAGAGUAGGAUGCCAACCCAUUUGUUACAUGCAUUAGAACAGAUAGUAGGUCCAAAAUUGUUAUUGUUUGGUUUAUCUUGUCUCAUUGGUUGGUGAUGGCAUAUGAUAUAUAGGUUUGGAGGGUCAUAGUUUGCGCAGAUGGCCCCUUCUAAAAUAGAGGGUAAUGUUAGUAGUGUA